ACAAUUGAUGUAAUAUCUUGUUUAUUUACUUUUGUUAUUAUAUUAUUAAUUUGAGUUUUUUAUUAGAAUUUUCUAAUUAAUUGUCGCGAUAAUGGCUGACGAUGACUAUUGGAAUACUAGUGAAACUAAAACUAAAGCCUUUAGCUUUGACGAUGAUGUGUUAACUCCUCAAGAAAUCCUCGCUAUCGGUCAAAAGUCUUACCCAGGACAAUCGGAGAAUGUGUUCACUUCAACUGUUAGUAAUGCUAAGACAACACUUUUACCUCUGUCAAGUUUGGUUUCAUCUAAAGUUUUGGAUUUAAUUCUGUUAGCACAAUCUGGUAAAGAUCCAAAAGAUAAACCUGAACCAGAACAAACAGUGGCGGUGACUUUAAAGAGAUUAGUCCUGGGUCGAAGCUUCCUACUGCAUACCCACCGCAGCCUGAAAAGUAAAACUGAAUUACUGGAUGGGGCCGUAGCAAUUGGUGAUGGCAAUGCUAUUUUAACUGUGGUUCUCUUCUUAAUUCAAACACUGAAUAAGAAGCUAGUCUAUGAGCUGCUAUCAUCACGGCCGUUAGCGUUGAAUCAUUAUAUCAGUUUCCUCCAAACAGAAGGAAAAAUUACUGACCUCACCGAUUUACUUACCAUGCCCGGAAGAAGUCCAGAAGCCGCGGUUCAUCAAUUCCAACAUAUAGUGAAGACGCAAGGGAACAGCGUCGAAGGAUUGUUGAGGAAACUAAAUAAUUUGUUAUCGAAUCAUUUCAAUCAACCCGGAGUUGACACUCAUCAGACUAAAAUGGUCACAGACUAUGUUAAAUUAUUAGAAUGGCAGAAAUGCGCUAACAAAACGGAACUGAACAACAAGUCAACGUUACAUUGCUUGUCGUAUUGUUGUACUCAUCAUUGGAACGAGGGGGCGGGGAAUAUGAUGUCACCGCUCACGCUUUGCCAACGACAACAGGUGACGCCAUUACAGUACGACUGGGUGGUUUUAAACGUUCACGCGAACUCGAACAAAUGGGACAUCGUAGAGUCUCUUUUCACGAAAAAAGACUGGCUCGGUCGUACAACGGUUUCGUCUCACAUACCGAUGGAGACACUCCUAUCGAGACUGAGCGAACUGUCCGCCAGCAAGCAAAUGUUGGCGACUUGCCUCAACAAGAUACAUAAUUCAGAGGAUCGACUAAGAUUAGCGCAAAAAUAUAAGGUGCAUUCCGUUGUGAUUGAAUCACUCGCGAAACAGAAGGACAGGUCGACUCUUACGAAUUACAAGAUGACCUUGAAUCCUCAGUCAGAGGAGUACAUCCUGGCCGAUAACACGCUCAGGGAUGCGUCAAUAAAGUGGAAAAAUUGAAAAUAAUCUCGAUCCUCGGUAGAAGAAUUGUGGUAUUUGGUCUAACUAAAGUUAUAUGUCAAUCUUACUAUGAUUAUAUACUCGAUUAUUAAACUUUGAAUAUCUUGAUCAACUUAAAGUUUAAUAUAGCUUGAUGUAAUUUUUUUUUCAAG